CAGAUUCUGAUUGCUCUGGCGUGGCGUUGACCCUGGACUCCACUCUCAGCUUCAAAACGAGAUCUCUAACACUUUGCAUCACCUCUGACCUCUGACCUUUCACAGGUUGUAUCUGACGGAGGGACCGGUUGCCGCGCUCCCCAUCCCCACGCUCCUUCAACAACAACAACUAGUUCUUCAGGACCUGUGGCAGCAGCAGCGAGUCGAGUGACCCAGCUUCAGCCCGACCGGCUUUACCUGUACAUGGAGACCCCCAGCUGGGCAGGAAACACGCUGUGUAAGUCAGGAAGCAUUGCUGUCUUUGGGAACGUGGUGUACAGCGGGCUGCUGAACGACCACCUCUGGCAUUUGGGAGUGCCCCUCUUUACAAGACUGGGUAACCAAGAGGCCACCAACCCCCCAGAAGCGAUGGCCCAGCCGUACACCCCAGCCCAGUACCCCCCUCCCCCACAGAAUGGCAUCCCCGCUGAGUUUGCGGCACCGCACCCGCUUCCGACGCAGGACUACACCGGGCAGAGCCGGGUUCCUGAGCACGCCAUGACCCUCUACACGCCCACACAGACGCACAGCGAGCCGGCCGGCACUGACAACAGCACGCCCGCCAUCACCGCCACCACGACCGCACCGACAGAUGAUGUGACGCAAACAGAGGGCUCUCAGCAGCUCCAGCUCCAGCACUCAGACUCCUCAGAGAAGCAGCAGCCCAAGAGGUUACAUGUCUCCAACAUUCCCUUCCGCUUCCGGGACCCCGACCUAAGGCAAAUGUUUGGGCAAUUUGGAAAGAUUUUAGAUGUGGAGAUUAUCUUUAAUGAGCGAGGAUCCAAGGGCUUUGGGUUUGUAACUUUUGAAACAAGCACAGAUGCUGAUCGUGCACGGGAGAAACUAAACGGUACAAUCGUAGAGGGACGAAAAAUAGAGGUGAACAAUGCAACAGCACGGGUGAUGACAAACAAAAAGGUGGCCAACCCGUACACGAAUGGCUGGAAGCUGAAUCCGGUGGUAGGAGCUGUCUAUGGUCCUGAACUGUAUGCUGUAACAGGGUUUCCCUACCCUGCCACAGGAGCCACCGUCGCCUAUCGGGGUGCCCACUUGCGGGGUCGGGGACGGGCUGUGUACAACACGUUUCGCACAGCUCCUCCGCCACCACCCAUCCCAGCCUACGGAGCGGUGGUGUACCAAGAUGGCUUCUACGGUGCAGAGAUCUAUGGGGGCUAUGCAGCAUACAGAUUCGCCCAGCCCACCACCACCGCUGCUUACAGUGACAGCUAUGGCAGAGUCUAUGCAACAGCAGACCCCUACCACCACACGAUUGGCCCUGCUGCCACAUACAGUGUGGGGACUAUGUAAAUAAAAAAGGAAGAGCUGUACUCAGUAUUGAUGGACAUCACAGAUGAAAACAACGAAGAGAGGAGAACUAGCUUUAAGAAAAUAACACAAGAAGAAGACGAGAAGGAGUCCCUCUACUGAGGCUGGCGAGGGAAUGACGGGAGGCGUACAAAGCGGCGCCGCGGCAGCGGUGUCAAACCAGCCACAAACUUGACAGACGGAGUGAGCCAGUUUCCACCAGGGACCACCUUUUUGUUGGGUAGAAAAAGACAGAGAAAGAAUGAAAAAGUGUCCCGUUAUUAUAAAACAUUUUAUUUUUCUAUACUUUUGUGAUUUACAAUGGUAAAAAGUGUGUAUAAAGCAGUAUAUAUGUACAAAUCUGUUUUUAUGUUUUUUGGUAAGGGAGAUGAACAGUUGGCCCUUGAUGCUGAUUCUGUGGUAUGCAGGAAGGAGGAGGGAGGAGCCCCUUCUCCUCUCUCUAUGGCACACUGCUCUGUCGCCGAGGUUGUGUACAAAAAAACAAACAGAAAGGUGGCGAGGUGAGCUCGGCAUCCAGGCAGACGCACUUUCUACACUGUACUUCCUGUGGGUGGAGUCAAAGGUCAGCCUCCUGGUCUCACUGCUCCGCCUUCUUCCUUCCAACCUCCCCCCCGACCUCCUUCCUAACUUCCUUUCUUCCUUCCUUCCCGGGCCCGUGAUGUCGCACCUUCCCUCUUUGUUGCGGCGUCACCGACCGGCAGCGCCUACUGUUAGCAGCGUCCCUUGUGGAUACUGUCGUGAUGUCACUUUCUCCUGGCAGCACCAUUGGGCAUCCCCGCCCUCCCCAAUGGGCAGCGUCACUGGUUUACAGCGUUGGGGAGUGGGGGGGGUGAGCCACGGCGGGACGGUGAGACGGUCUACGGCCGAGCCUCCCCGGUCUGCCCCUCUCCACGCCCCAGCAGAGGUCAAAGACUACGGACUAGUUAGAGAAAACGGCGGCGCAGACGUCGCCGACACCUGCCAGACUCCGAGCCCAAGCCUUUGUGUCGCUCUGCACCGACAGACAAACUUUCAGACCAACGUGAAAACAAGGUGCGUACAACUACCAAGGAUGCACGUUUCCACCCUGGCGAGAAUAACUCAUCGACGUCCAUGUAACAAAUUGAAUUAUACUCGAAUAAUCCCAUCGUACUACAUCAGCAGGUGCAUAACCAAAACACAAGCCUGAGGCAUACAGACUAUGUCGCUAGAUAAACAUUAUAGAAAUACAGUAGUGCCCAUCCAACGGUAACGAGGAACGAGGGCUCAAAUAUGUCGGUUUCUUUUGUCUAUGUAUUCUGAGAAUAUUUAUUUGUGUGUUUCGUUUCUUUUUGCAGCACUGAAAACUUUUAAAGAGGAAAAAAAAUUGAUUUGGUGGAAGCGAAAAAUUCUUUAUAUCAGGAGAGUCACUGUAAACGUGUUUAACAAGAAUGUUGGUUCAGUUCUUUGAAUGUACAUUAAUGUCUAGGGUGUCCAAUAAGUAUGUAUUCUUUUGCUGUAUAUAAAUAUAUAUACAUAUCUAUUAUAUGGGCUGUGGUGAUGUCAGGGAGUAGAGGGGGUGGGCAGGAAAGCCUCUGCCCCCCGAACAUAGAUAUCAGACCCCCACCCCCACCCCUCCAGCUAAAUAUGUCCCUGAUAUUUACUGUAACAUGUGAUCAUGUGUUCUAUGAUUGAAAGUGUGAUGGUGAUAGUGUGAACUGAUCUCCCCCCAAACUCCCCCCUCUACCACACAAACGCUCGCAGAUGCAAAACACCAUCCUCCUCUUACCCCGGGAAAAGAAUUUGGCCCUUCAUUGGAGCUGCGAAGGAUUGCUAAUUAGCGCUAGGUGUUGUGGGUGUCAGAUAAAAAGUUUAUGAAUAUUGAUUUUUCUUUUCUUACUUGAACCAAAGUAUGAUUUGAACACACAGUCUCAGCGCUCUUUGAUCAGGAGACAGCGAGACUAUGCGAUGACGGCGGAGCCCGGAUGCGUAUUGACGUGACCCAGAUUCCAUUCGCUCAUCGCCGCAGAGGAGGAAGAGCUCGCUGCUCUGAGCUAACGAGCCCCGGCGCUGAUGAGGCCGAGCUUCCUGCGGCAGCCUCGCUGUGUGAACUGCUGUUCUCAUGCUGACCCUGGUGGGCGGGCGCUUUUAUUGCAUAUUGGAAACAACCUGCUGGCCCUGGAAAGAAACUUUCUUUUUUUUCUUCUGAUAAGAGGCGAGCAGGUUCAGGUGAAGCACAACUUUGUUUGAGAGUUCAGGGUACACUACGUGUGUGAAUCUAAGAGGGAAACGCUCGGUUAAGCUCCUGACUUCCUGUACAAAACUACAGUGUGUACUGUUAAUAUCCUGUACAGUAAAUCUCACCUCACACUUCUUGAGUAACUUCAUCUUAUUUCAGGUUAUUAAAAAAAAAACUUGUUCUGAAUCAGGGCUCCUACCCACGCGACCUCUCUUCAUCUGUAGACAGCUUCUCAUAUAUUACAGAGUAUCUAUAUCAUGGCAACUAACUGUUGUGAAGUCUAAUUGGGGUAAAGUCGGUCAUUUGUCCUCCCAUGCUGCGAUCAUAUGCAGGCUUAGCAUUUUUAUACCUGUAGGUUUGUUUCUGAGAGUCACAUGAUUCACCUGGCCUACUUACAGACUUGUGGUGGGUCAGAGACGACUCGGGAGCAGGCUGGAGUUUUACUUUGGCGGGAACUUCGUGGGAGGCAGAGCUGCACCGGAGCUAGACGAGUGAAAGAGAUGAAGAACCACAGCUUCACCUUUAUUUUGUGGUAUUUUUAAGGCUUUAAGGUUUGAUUUCAUCUGCUGAACAAUCUAUGCACUUCACAACCAAAACAGAUAUGAUGUCACUCGUGCUCGGCUACUGUUACCUCUUUGUUUUAAAAAGCUAGUCCUUUAUAAUCUUAGGCAAUAAUGCUGAAACUGUCCCUUACUUUUUGACAGAUAAACCCAUGAAAAGACCAAAACAAACAGCAUGUUAACAUGCAUGUAGAAGACCAAAACCAGACCUCUAGAAUCCGAGGAAAAUCACACUCAAUUAAAAUGUUUUUAAGUUUGAUGAAGGGUGGCUCACCGUAGGAACCCAGCCCCCAAAGUUUGGUUUCAGGUGAUCAAUGUGAACGCAAACUAAAAUGCAAUGUAGGAACUCUCACAAAGCUGCUGAAGACUGAAGAAAACGUGCAGGUUUAAGCCCUAUUCGCACAGGAUUAGUAUUACUUAUUUGUAAUAAUUGUGCAUUUUUAACCCCAUGUGAAUCAACCAUGUCUGUAUUUGUGGAGUAAAAAUUUCAGGGCAAAUUUUCAACCAUUUUUCAGCUGACAUAGACGUCCACAGGUAAAACUAAUCCUGUGCAAAUAGUACUUUAGUAGGACACUUAGCUCCACAUUCAGCAUUAUCAAUAGUGCUCACAGGCACCUCAAAGUGCUUUGAGAAGUAUUAUGAAAGAUUCAUGUCCCCAAAGCAAGCCAGGAUUCUUAGCAAGACUGGAUCUGAGCAUUUGACCUCAAAGUCCAGAUCAGUGGGAACAUAAAUAUAUUGUUAUUAAAGGCCCUGCCCAAAUCUGCUUGAAGAGACAGUCUCACGCACAAUUCAUGUGCAAUCAAACAUCAUAUGCAGGAGGUGCAUCUGUAUGUAGAGUUUUAAAGUCAGUUCUAAACGUCUGCUGUCCCUUCAAAAGCCAUUGCAUCUGUCCAUGUGGACCCUCUUUGCAGGCUGCAAACAUUGGUCUCAAGUGAGUUUGUCAGAGGGUUCCAUCGUAGCCCCAGCUGUGAUUGCCAGUGUGGACUUCUAUCAGACCUGGUCUAUAUAGCUUACACAUAAGAGGGCAAGCACAGUUGGGGCCACCGUGUGAAAAACCCACUUGGACUUGGACUCCAGUGUCCGAACAGAGUGCAAACAAACGAUGACCCAAGUGGCUGUGAUAGCUGCCUCUUCUUCUUUCUUCUUCUUGGCGGUUUAUGGAAACCCACUUUGAGCAGAGUCUGGUGUAAAUUUUGUUAGCCUAACUGUGACUGAAAAGUCCGUUGGCAACCUUUGGUGUCCAUGCAGAAGACGGGAUAAUAACAAGCUGAAAUUACAUGUUUGAGAAGAAAGUUACAUUUCCAUCUAGUCUAGUCUAAAACAUUAGUGUUGGACUAAUGAACUUUCAAACCAAUGAUAAUUCUCCACUGAGGUAUUCCAGCGUUUUCAUCAGUGUAUUUUAAACUAACUCAAUCAUUGGUAGUGCUUUAAUACAUGUUUUUAUAUUUAUAUUAGAGGAAAUGCUUUGACUAAAGUGUAAGGACUUUUUCUUUGUCUUGGGUUCCGUUCACUGAAUCUAGACUCUGUGCUAACUGAAAAUGUCCUCACACAUAGUUGGUUUAAAAAUAUAUCAUCUAACACUUGCAUUUGUUCACCAAAAUCAGACCCAGAGUGGACAAGGCGUUUUCAGCAUGCUCUACAAAAUCAGCAGCAGGUUUUAGCACAAAAGUAAAACAGCUUAAAUGCUAAAUAUAACAAAAGGCAUGUUUGUGUUUCCCUUUAGGUGUUGCUGUAAGGUAGAGGUGCAAGGGCAGCCAUCAGGUGCACAGAUUAAAAUGGCCGUUCAUGCUUUUAUUUGAAAUAGAAGCUAGCAAUGUCAUCAGGACAAAGCUCCAAUGAUAACUACCUGAACGAGGGCGUAAUGCCACCUUCUGUGGUGGAGUUCUCCCCCUGGUGUUUGUACAUGUAGACAAAGCUGUGUGCAUGUAAAUCUACUGAAUGUAUCAGCCCAGCUAUCCCCAGCUACCCGUUUUAGGAUCUAGGCUACAAGAUGAAAAUCUUUAAAAAGCAGCUUGUAAAUCAAUAUUUAAAUGAUCUGAAAAACAGCCUCAUACUUUCCUUAAACAGCUCGGAUUUGAACGUGCUCAACAAAUGUUGCUUAAAGUAAAAACAUGCUCCUUGGACUGGGAAUAUUUCCAGGUUCAGACCAACAGCUGGUGCUUUAAUGUGGAGCUGUUUAGCACUGAUUCUUGUUAACCAGAUGCUGUUUUAAGUUGUGUGCUUUUCAUGGGAUUUCUAACAGUAUCUCUUAUUUUUUUCCAUUGUUUAAACAAACUUUUAGCUCCAUUAUAUGUUAGAAUACUGUUAAGAUUCUUUAUUAUUGAGAUCGGAGGUGGGUAUGUAGCAAAGUUUGCCGCAGAAAGAUUUGCAGUGAGACUCUUAUAAUUAAUGUAUUAUAAAUCUUUAUUGUAAUAAUGGUAGCAGUAUUACGUACGUAAAUAAAAAGUUAAACUAAAAUAUAAAAAUAGAAAGACAAGACACAAUACAUACAUUUUUUAACACCACUUUCUGAACCGUACAUGUUUUAAGUUUGGUUAUAAAAACAUAAAUAUCACCUAUGAAGAGAAGUAUUAUAUACUGUGUUUGUAUGUUUGAAAAGCUAAUGACUGUCCUCAUUUGAACCUAAGAAAACAAGGAUAACUCAGUCUACUACGAGGCUCGUGUCCCCAUUAAACCUCCUGAAAUAUUUCCUUAGAUAAACACAGAACUAACCCUUCAGUGAUGAAUGAACCUGGUGUUUUACAGGCCUGACUCUUCUUUCUUUGGUAGAUGCUAGCAUCAGAUUUAAAAACCACUACUUAGGCUUUUUUCUCUUUUAACCCUGCUAGUUUUAAUUCUAAUCAAACUGUGGUUGUUCGUCUCUGCUCUUUAACCUGCCAGUGAAGUUCUGCCUCUCCAGAAACCAUGUGAAGCUCCAGCCGACCCCCCAGCAGCAGGAUUGAGUGGGCAGCGGCGUUACGACCCCUUCCCCUCCUUCCUUUAGAUGCCUUCAGUGUAACAAACUGGUCCUGAUCUUCCUGAGCACAACUGCUUGAGCUGUGACACUAGCAGGAUGUCCCCCUUUAACCCCACUACUAUGUCCUCCCCCCUCCACCCCAACCCUGUCCCCUCUUUGCCUUAUAGUAUGUGAGUCGACCGGCCCCUUUUGUAUUCCUGGUGUUCUGUACAUAAUUGACCCUUUGUCUAGCCCCAUCCUUAACAGGAAGUGACCCUUUGUCAAACCCUUCGAUCCUUGGUUAGACCAAACUUCUUUCCCCUGGGCUUCUUUGCUUUUGAAACACCUGAAAACACCCCGCAAUUUGACUUUGAUUGAUAUUCAGCUUAUCUGAUUCUUUGAUGAACUUGGCCUCAGUGUUACCCAUCAUUACAGAAUAGCAACUUUAACAGUGCUCAAAGGCAUUUAUAACAUUUCAUCGUUUAGGUCUCCUCUAGCUGUGUACCAAAUUUUAACUUGACAGGAUGAAUGCCCUGGGAGGAGUUCGUCCUUAAAGGACCCAGAAAAGCAGCGGUUUAACCCAUUUGAGCUAAAAUUUCAAACUUCCUGUUUAGAAUCCACCAUGACAAUAAUAGACUUUUUUGUAAGUCUAAGCAGGCCGGAUAUGUCUGCCAAAUUUCAUCUUUCUAGGGUAAACUUGCUGCAGGGGCUGUACUUUGGUCAAAGGCUAGGGGGCGCUAAAGGCCAAAUUGCUACCCCCAUUUCUUAAACCAAUAAAACAUUAAAUUUUAGAUUAAGGCUAAUAUGUGUGCCAGAUUUCAUAGCUUUUGGUGCAUGUUUACAUGGUAAUGACUCAUGAUAAAUAUAUAAUGUAAUAAUAACAACCUAUUUGGCCCCUAAUUUUGGGACAAAAACACCUCCAUUUUGGCUACUUCUAAAUGGCAGAUUACCUGUUGGAGUUGGAGUUUUGGUCCUAGAGACUUUUUUGUUGAUAUCUCCAAGCUGCAUCUCCCGACCAAAUUUCAUAACUAUAAAUAGAAGUGACUUCUGGGGCUGUCCCGUUAAACCAUGAAGGAUGAUGCCAAGUCCUUACAAAAGCUCUUGAAACCUAUUUCAACCACAUUUAUGUGUACACCAGAUUUUUUUGAGUAUGUGUGAUGGCCAGGUGCUUUGGCCCUAGUUUGCUAUUGAAUAACAAAUGUUUGGAGCAUCUCAUAUUGGCAAUAUUGAAAACAUUUUCUCUUACCUUAGAGCAUAUUUAAGUGUUCUUUGUGAUUUUCUAUGGGUGGUCAGCCAUGGACAUCAAUCCAAUGAAGGUGUUUUUCAUAAUUAACAUCGUCUUCAGGAAACAGGAUGGAAAAUAACCCCAGAUUUAAUUGUUGACAUCUUGCAAACCAAUCAGACAAACCAAAUCAAGGUCACAAUUUCACCGCUGUACUCUGAAAAGACUCGCCAAGACAUGGGGAAAGAUCGUCUCACCAGAAGUAGACCAGCUACAUUUGUUAUUUAAUGGGGCUUUCCGAUUGGCCCAAUCGGAGAGCCGACAAAGG